GUGUGAGAAAUGUUGUAAAUGUUGACCGAUCGACCAACAGACCGACCGACCGGAAAAGGGGAAGCAAUGUAUUGCACGCGUGGUCCCACGUGUUGUUGUUGUGUGUGUUAUGUUUUCGGUUAGUGCGAUUUAAGUGGGUGGGAAAAAAUUCGAGCGGUCGAUCGUGUUCAGUUCCAACAUGGUAGUAUGAAUCCAGACGGUCGCCAGACCCAAUCGUCAACACCACAACAGUUUCAAUCGGGGGUGUUUGUAGAAUCAGGGUUCCGUUUCAUCGGUUGUUAAAUUGGAUUGUGGCCACAUUACCGGCCGUUGUUAUUGGUGGAUGUAAGGCGAAGCCGAAUGCAUACGCAGUACGCAGUCACCCGAUAAACGUAAUUAUAAGUGUAGUGUUACAGCAGUGGCGUUGGCAUACAAAACACAAGAAAAGAAAGAAUAUUGGAGGAAAGCAGCAUUUCAGAGGAAGAGAAAAUACGCAAGAAUUUGAAUAAUAAUUGCGGGUUUGUUCAGCGAAAUGGAGGAAAAAUAUCAACACUUGUUCGGGUAUGAGUCCCAUUCUGUGUAAAUUACAUUGAGCUGCACUGUCACUCAAAAUAACUGUUUCGACCAAUCACUUCUCUUCGGACUGUGGAUCAUUUUCUCAGUUAUAUUUACAAUAUUUUUGCCAACGGUUAGCAUGGACACUGAACAGCAAUAGUAGAGCAUUUGAUAGACUAUUCAUUCUUUAGUUUAUCAACAGAAAAAUGUGACUACCUAAGAAAACCAAAGAUUAUUACACUGUAUCAAUUUGAAGGCGAUAAAUGAUCGAAUGAAAUGAUCGUUUAUCAAAAAUAAACAACGAUUAUUAAAGUCAGUUGUACAGAUGCGCGACAACCAAUCCGACGGUUACAAACGUCAACAAAACCGUGAAACAUUCAAAUAAAAUUCGAAGCUACUUGUGUAAAAUAUAUUAUUGCCGUUCGAAAAGAUAGUGACGCUGCAAAGAAACAGCGUCAUUUCGUAAAUUGAACAGAAAUGAGCUCAGACGAAGAUUACGUACCGCCACCACUUGUGAGGAAACGAGGAAGACCACCGAAAUCAGUUCAGGAACCAGUGGCGAAAAAAUCGUCUGAUGACGAAUUGGAUGGUAUUCAUUACGCUUGUAGUGUUUGCGAUCAAGUUUUUCUGCACAAGUCGAAUUAUUUGCGACACAAGAAACGUCAUGAACCGCCCGGUGGAUUCAUUUGUUCACUGUGUCAACAACCGUUUACCACCGAUUGGGACCGGAACCAGCACAAGCGCAGCGAACAUAGCGUUUUCCGAUGUCGUCUGUGUAAGGAAGAAUUUCCAGUUGAAGAUGACUACAACAAUCACGUUCAGAAUGAGCACGAUGGACGCGAUCGGGAGUAUGAUAUGUGUCCAACCUGUGGACAACAGUUUCGCUCGGUUGCUCAAAUGAAGGCUCAUAUCGCAUCCAAGUGCGGAUCUGACAAAAAAUAUGAAUGUCAAAUAUGUCAAUCACGCUAUUUGACCCAAGCUUCCUUGAAUGCUCACAUGAUCAAACAUUACGGUGAAAAGAGUCAUCUUUGUAACUAUUGUGGAGCAAGUUUUCUUAACAAAGGUCAACUUAAAGUUCACGAAAGGAUGCAUACAGGCGAAAAACCUUAUAAGUGUAAUCAAUGUGAUAAGGCUUUUGCUCACAGAGAAAGUUUGAUCACCCAUUCCACGACCCACAGCGGAAUCAAACCAUAUUACUGCAGUCACUGUGAAAGCCGUUUUUCUUGCAUCGGAAAUUUAUUAAAACAUCGCAGAGCAAGACCGGACACUUGUGGCUUGCCACAAUACUGUCAAACAAAUAAAAUUGUAGCUCGUCCGAACAUAAAAACUAUGCCAAAUCUUACCGACCGACAGGUGAACAAUCAAAAGGUUGUUCAGCGAUCCGGACCGCCAAGAGAAAAGAAACCGAAACUAGAAGAAAUUACAGUUGAUCAGUUGUCACCGAAAAAACGUGUUGGAAGAAGGGCACCGAAACCGAAGAUUGCGUUUGAAGAUUUACCGGAUAACAGCAAUCAAUCGACAGAUGAAGAAGAGGAAGAUGAGAAACCUACUUUUUCGGAAUUAGCACAUUCCACUGAAAUUGAGAUAGAUGAGCGAUCAUUUAAUCACAACUAUUCUAAACUGGUAACGUUGAAGGUUGAACCUGGUGAAAUAGGUCGUUCUAACGAUGCCAAAGAGGAAGCAUAUGAUAGGAAACCAGAGGGAACUACCGAAAUGAUUGAAAUCGUUGAUGUAAAGGUCGAGGAUGAUGACGAGGAGCAUUACAUUGUGGAAGGUAUCGAUGAGAAUUCUGCUGGAGAAACGAUUGUCUCUGAGGAAAUUCUAUCGGAAACGAUUGAUUUCGAUAACUACAUUGUGGGCAGCUCUCAGGAUGAGUGUUUCAAAGAAAACGUGUCCCAUUAUUAUGAUGAUGAUGUCAAAAUUGAAGAGAUAGAUGAGCCGACCAAAGAGCAGAAACUAUUGUUUGCGAAGAAAGAAUUUGACAGAGAGUUGGCCACCAGUUUCCUCGACGAUGACGAUUCAGAUGAAGCUACCACAGCCCGUCACAACGAAUCGGUGAACGUAAGAAAAGUUUUCACCGAAAAACCACCGGUUGUGCUCACGAAGAAACGACGCGGUAGACCAAAACGGCCGUACAUACCGAAAAGACUGCCAAAGGAUGCGAUAAUUGUCGAUAUAGCACAACAAAAACGCGAACUGAAAGCAGAACGCCAGAUUUUCGACGAUAAUGUAAAACAGAUCUCGAUCGAUUGCUUCCGUUGCGAACACUGUCCAUCACAGUACACCACGGAGUAUCUUAUCGGGCGCCAUUUAGAACGAACACACGGAAUCUUGUUUCGAUGUUUGCUGGAAACGUUGCAGUACAGUCGAGUCUGGACAAAGGAUAGGAAGUACAAGUGCCGGUACUGCGAUCGUCUGUACGCGAACGAGCGUGCUCUGGAGAAACAUAUUCCGCUUCACGGACCGAACGGAAUCAAAAACCAUAAAUGUCCCUGUUGUGUCACCUUCUAUGAAAACGAAGAAGAUGCUUUAGAUCACGCUUAUGCAGAGCACCCACAUCGCAUGAUAUGCCAUAUUUGCGAUAGACGAUUCAUGGAACCGGACGUCCAGGCCAAUCACAUGAAAAAUGUUCAUUCAGAAAAGGGACAGACGAAAUAUAGUUACGUUUGUCCAAAAUGUGGUAAAAAUUUCAGUUCUCGAUCGGCAGUAAGCGAUCAUGAACGAGCCAAUUGCGGUCAGGAUCCAAUUUAUAAGUGCGAAAUUUGUGAGAAAUGCUUGCAUAGCGCUUCAUCGCUGAAACAUCAUUAUUCCAUACAUACGGAAGAAUAUCCACACUCUUGUCAGUACUGCGGCAAGAGUUAUCGUACUUACGGUCAAGUAAAGGUUCACGAACGAACCCAUACUGGCGAAAAACCUUUUGUUUGUCCGUAUUGCUCGAAAGGUUUCGGUCAUCGCGAAUCUUAUCACACACAUUUGUCCCUGCACACCGGUAUCAAGCGGUACAUGUGCUCGGGAUGCGGAUUGAGGUUCAGUUGUGUUUCCAAUCUUCAAGCACACAAAAGAUCUCAUAAAACAACAUGUGGAUUAGUACCGAAUGCUUCGAAAAUUGUGAGUGGCGGGUAUCAUGAAUUACCAGAAGGUUAUGUGCUGCCUUAUCCGAGAAACGAUAACAUAGAAUAGGUAUAGAUUUUAUGAAGUUUCACAGUGUUUGAAUAAAAUGUAGUUACAUUGCUAAACUUUUUAGUCAUGCUAAACUUUUUAGUCAUUCUAUCUUAAAUCUUUCGUAAACUCAACAUAAGAUGAAAAUUCAUAUUUUAAUUGAGUAUUGAUUAGUUGAUAUACAAUUAACUCUUUCUAUAUUACUUUCCAUGCAAGCAGGGAUAUUUCGAUUAGAAAUCAAAUUCAUUAACAAAAAAUUAUUCAUAGUUUCAGAACUCAACUGGUCGUGGAAGCAAAUUAGAAGAGUAAGAUAAAAAGACAAACAUAAUGCAUCUCGAUGCUACUCGAUGUUACUCUUAUAACUGCUUCACAGAUAGGCGAAAUACGCAAGGGGCUGUCCAUAAAAGACGUCACGCCGCAAGGGGGAGGGGGGUGUUUCAUAAAACGUGACCUUUUGUGACAGGGGGGAGGGGGGGAGGUUUUUGGAAUGUGACGUUUAAUAUUUUCAAUGAGCGCAUUUUUGAUAAACCUAAUUAUGUUACUGCUUUGCCCAAUUUCCUGAAACAAUCUCCACAAUAAACGUUUACAUUCUAUAGGAAAACGUGUAUUUGUUGAUGUAAAAGCUACUUCUUGUAAAUUCGGAAAUGUGUGAUGCAGGAAAUCAUUUCUGUUGUGAUCAGCAAAAGUGCACGGAGGAGCGAGUAAAUUAGCGAAAUUAAUAAAUUUUUGCCUAACAUGAGUAAAAAAGAAAAGAUACCUUCACACGGUUUAACUUAAGUUAUGCACUGACAAUUUUUUCAGUAAUUUGCUUUUCUAGCAUUGAUAAUAGUAUAUCAUAAGAAUUUCUCUUAUCUGAUUCUGGCGCAGUUUAUUCAAUUGUACUCCAUUUGAAAAUGGGCGGGAGAUCAACGAUUUCAGACGUAGAUCAUGUCAUGUCUUGAUCAUAUGUGAUUUUCCUCCAUCAACAUAAAAGCAUAUUGAAUCAUCCAAUGAUUGAACUUACAUAAAUCAAUAAUCUUUUUAGCUCAAAAUCACUACCCAUUGUGUGACGGAACAUCAGUACCGAUAUUGAUCGAUGUGAUUUAAAAUUCACUGAUCAACUGAUCAUGAAAAGAUUCUCCAGCAGUGAUCUCGUUUUGAUGAGGUUUUGGUCUUUAUUUUCCCAGCCCUGUAUGCUACACUAAGGAAAUAUGAUUCUUUACCUAAAACUAUAAUAAAUCUGUGUACUCCUAGGAGGAAUAAAACAGAUGAUUUAAAUGUUUCAUCAAUUCCUACCAAAUACUUUCGUUAAUUUAUAUAAUUGAUAUUAAUAAAAUAAUUCCGAUGAUUUUGUAGUUUUAGGGAUAUUUUUUAAUCUAAUGACAGCAUGUAAUAAAUCGAUUUUUCCCUCAUAUUUGUAUGGCCUUUCAAACAUAUUGAGAAUGUAUUGAGAUGAAUUUUAUUUAUUUUGAAUUCGUGACAUGUGACAUAGGGGGGGUGGGGGGUCUUUGCUUCUGUGACAAUUUGUGACAAAGGGGGGAGGGGGAGUCAAAAAUCGUCAAAAAAAGCGUGACGUCUUUUAUGGACAGCCCCCAAAAGAAAACCAAUUGAUCGUUCUUACCUGUAACCGAAGGCUUCGAUAAGCACCAAUUUAGUGCAACAGAAUUAUUACUUGUUAGAUAAAACAAUACAUCGAGUAAGCAUUUCCUUUCAUUUAUUCGUAUAAAGUUCAUUGCUAGAAAACAGAAAAGCAAAUAGGUAAUAAAUUGGCUCCAGUUAAUUGCGCAAAUCUGCGUUACUUUUGGUAAAAAUGCAUGAUGGCAUAGCUGCGUAAUGCAUGCAAAAAGCAAAAAAAGAAACAAAUCUAAAUCUAAAACUCUUAUUUCGUUGAUUUAUAUAGUGGAAGGUAAUACAAUAAAUUUAAAUUCGUUCUGAUACAUGCGUGAGUCAACAAUUGAAUGGAAAAAUAGAGAAUUCUCCAACUAAAAAUCUACCAUGCCGGAUAAUCGUUGACCCACCCAGCACGCAGAACGUAAAGUGUAAAAACAAUUUAAAUUGGAA